AUGAAAAAAUUUUACACUGCUCUUAUUUUUUCAAUUCUUAUUCUUUGUAUUUUUUGUGAUCUUGCUAUGACAAUUAUCCGUCGUGUAGGCUGUGAUAAAACUAAAUGUGAAAAAAAAUGUAUAGCAGAAAGCAGAAUUGGUUAUUGUCAUACUCUUAAAAAAAGUUUUGAUUUAAUUCAUAUUAUAAGUGAAUGUCGAUGCAAAGACCUUCAUGAAUCUGAUAUUAUAGUUUUUUAA